AUGCCGCCCGAUCGACAGCGCACUACGCGCAUAGUGCGAGUCCGAACCGGAUGCUGGGCCUGCAGGCGCCGAAAGAAGAAAUGCGAUGAAAUCCGACCGAAAUGCGGGGGCUGCACGCGUAAUGAUCUCGUGUGUGAGUGGCCCACCAACGUCCCGGGGAAUGCUGCCAGCCACGUAUCGAGCAUCAGUGAAGAGCGACGCUCGAGCCCUUUGAGGGUUGCUGAAGGAUUCGAAGCGAUAUCACCUCGGACUCCUGCUUCGCAUCGACAAUCUUCCGUUUCGUCGAGUGGUGGCUUAUCUGCAAUUGCGGAUGCGCGGGAUCAGAUUGGCGAUCGCCGAGAUUCGGAACUUAGUAAUAUCUCCAAUAUCAACAACGUUGACAAUGCUCUCAUACCGACAAUGGCCGUGGGUAAUGUAGUCCCGCGGACUAUGUCAAUGCUUCCUGGAUAUGAACCAGAAUCCUACACAUUGCUGAGUCAUUACCUAAGCACUACGGCCGACUGCAUGGCAAACGGCACUACUCCGAUAAACCCCUUUUUGGUUCAGAUUGUGCCGUUAGCAUUUACGAGCGAUUUAUUAUUGCAGCUUGUGCUCGCUCAGAGUGCUGCGCAUAGGGCAUUUCGACGACGGGAUGAGGCUGACGCCGUUGCUCAGUCGCACUAUACCAAGGCCAUUCAGCUGUUUCGGCAUGGAGUGGGUGAAUUUAUUGAAGGAAAGGAGUCCAAUCCUUUGAUAUUACUCGUCGGGGCCCUUCUCAUGUGCUUUACAGAGACCGCCAAAGGAGACAUGACAGGUACUAUUUUUGACCAUCUGACCGCAGCAAACUCCCUUCUUGUCAAGCUGCUUGAACAAAGUGAUUCUGCGGUUCCCAGAGAGCUGAAAGAUUUCGUUAUCGAAUACUACGUUUACACAGCAUCCGUCAGCAUGAUCUCAGUCGACGCACGACUCAGUAGACAACUCUUCUUAAACUUCGACCUGGAGCAACGAGCCCGCGAACUCCUCACCGUACAAUAUGUCGGCAAUCUAUGCGGCUGCUGGUUGGAGCUGCUGCUGUUAAUCCCAGUCAUCUUCGAUCUCGGUCGACAAUUGAUGAUGGAGGAACAGGUCACCAUGCCGACCGCAGACGAUAUGGCCAUGUUUGCUUCAAUUCAAGCCCAGAUACUGCGAUGGGCUCCAUUCCCAUUCGUUGAGCCGGAGGUGUUCAUGGCAGGCUUGAUAUUUCAACAAGCCAUGCUGAUAUACCUAUACACGUCUUUGGGUGGUUACAAAUACACAUCCGACGGGAUGUACAAAGGUCUGAUACAAACUGCGGCCACAGAGGCUAUGUCCUAUUUGGACCAGCUAUCUCCAAGUGCACGCAUAAACUCCGGGAUGUGCUGGCCUAUUGCAGUUGUCGGCUCUUGCCUGGAAACCCCCGAGCAACAGCAGUGUCUCAAAACACGUCUCACUGUUAUGGCGAGUCAUUUUGGUCUCGGGAAUAUGCAUCGUACAAUGCAGUUGCUGGAGGCGAUAUGGGAUUUGCCGUCAUCCGAGGCAGGACCUUGGAAUAUAUGCCGAUCUAUGCAGCAGAAGCAAAUCUGGAUUUCUUUUGCUUGA